AUGGCUAAUGAGGUAACUCUCUUGAAUGCCUGGCCCAGCCCAUUUGGGAUCCGGGUGAAAAUUGCCUUGGCCGAGAAAGGCAUCGAGCACGAGCACAAGGAAGAGGACUUGGAAGACAAGAGUCCUCUGUUUCUGAUGAUGAACCCUGUUCGUAAGAAGAUUCCCUCUUUGAUCCAUAACGGGAAACCCAUCUUCGAUUCCCUCCUCAUUGUUCAAUACAUUGAUGAGGUUUGGAAGGAGACUUCUCCCUUGUUGCCCUCUGAUCCUUACCUCCGAGCUCAAGCCAGGUUUUGGGCUGAUUUCGUCGACAAGAAGGUAUUCUACUGGGGGAGAAGGACAGUGAUGACGACAGAUGGGAAAGAGGCUGGAAAGGAGUUGAUAGAGAGCUUGAAAUUGUUGGAAGGAGAGCUUGGAGAGAAACCUUACUUCGGAGGAGAGAAGUUUGGCUAUGUUGAUUUGAGCCUUAUUCCCUUUUACUCUUUUUUUAAUUCCUUCGAGACAUAUGGGAACUUAAGCAUAGAAGCCGAGUGUCCAAAGCUUAUUGCUUGGGCUAAAAGGUGCUUGCAGAAGGAGAGUGUGUCCAAGUCCCUUGCUGAUCAACAAAAGGUUAUUCACUUCUUUGAGCAGAUGAGGAAGAAACUUGGUAUUGCGUAA